AUGUCCAAGGCGGCUGUGCUAAAGGCUUCCGUAUGGCACCCAUUGAACGUCGAGGUCACCGAGCAGACGGCCGAAGAGGAUGUCGAUGACACCCAGGAAAUCCAGAUCGAGGAGGCCCUGAAGCUGUACGCAGCCGCCCUCAAAUCCCACUCCGAGGGCCCCCAGUCCUAUCAACAGACCGCCGCGGCGUACAAGGCCCUCUUCGAGUCGGAAAUAUUCAAGUACACCGAAUCGCUGUCCGAAUACAAGCGCCAUGAAAUCUAUGGCGAGGAGCUGGUCUUUGACUCGAUCCUCGAAGACGACUUCGAGGCUGGGCCCGUCCAAUCAACAGGCGCCGCCGACAGUGCGCCCAACACACUACCUCAGAUCCUCCACUUGUCCUACAAGAACCAUGGCCAGUUUCUGUUGGAGUCGAUGCAGUAUUGGAUCAAUGAACAUGGCAAUAUUUCUCAAGCCCAUGUCUGGGACAAUACCCGGAGUGCGCUCAACUACUUCGCCGAAGCUCUGGACAAGGAGGACACCGACCUUGAUCUUUGGAUGCGAGCCGCCUCCAUAUCAGCCAUGCUGGGCAGCAAGCGUCUCACACGCUACUGUCUCGAGGCCGUUCUGGACGGCAAUGACGAACAGUGGGAGAGUGUCUUACAAUUGCCUGGUCUCGAGGUGGGGUUCGCUGGGCAGCAGUUGCGGGAUUUGGUCGAGAAUCUAGAGGACAGUGUCUCCUUAAUGCAAACGCCAUUUCUAUCACUGAAACGGAAGAAGCUGUCAGAAACAUUGAAGAAGCGUCUGAAUCCGUUCCCGUUCGCGCCACUGCCAGCUCAAGUUGCUCACCACACCGCGCCCGCAAUAACAAAGGCUGUCCCAGAGAGCAUCACUCUAACACCUUCAAAGUGGGACUGGGCCGGCGUCGGCGAGAUCAUUUUACAGCAGUUCAUCGCAGAACAACGUGGAAUGACGUACAACGCAGCGCCAGGAUCCAACAUCAUAUUCAACAUCCCAUCUAACAGUGGAUCCCCGGAACAAAGUGAGCCUGAAACAUCAACUGAAGCUACGGAUCUUACUUCACAAGCACCCAGCUUGCUGGUAACAGCGCAGCCAUCUGAAGCAGCGCCACACGAAGCAAGUGCUGUCAGUGUAGCAACAGGCGGCCUACAAGGUGCCGCGAUCGAUGAAAAUACCAUGAUUGAAGAUUCAGGCGGCGGUGCUGAGGUCAACACCGAGGAUCCAGGGGCAGCCACAUCUCUAACGGAGCCCCCUCAACCCCCGUCUCGCAAGCGAUCAACAGAUUCGGCAGGCCUGCCCGAGACAGCUGAAGGCGGUCGAUCUCGUAGUAAGCGCAUUCGUGGACGAGAUUCUACCAUUGAACCAGCUGCUGGCAGUAGUGGACGGGCCGCCCAGGAUGCAGCCAAGUUGUUGGAAGAGCAACUCGAGCCAUACACCCACGCCGAUCAAUGUUUAUACGAAAUUGUCAAAGACAUCUACACACGACUUGGCAUUCAGAACGUGAAAGAGCCAUCAGAGCUCCGUGAUCUUCUAAAUGCUCUCCCGGAAGUCACAGCGACAGAUCCCUUUGAUAAAGCCGCAUGCGAUAUGUUUUUGGCGCUGAAGAGCGGGAAUCCAAAAGGGGCCCAGAUACUACUGAGUAGUGAGUCUUUUGACUUGCUUGGUGUGACGCGCGAAGCUGGUUUGAAUGCUUUCCUUGGGUUCGCAAAGUCAGGCUCAGGAUCACUCUGCAGCAAACCCAUGCUAUGCGACCAAAAGCUAGGCACGUUCACACGCCACGUGAAUGAUGCCUGGCUAUCUACUGCGGAGGUUGCCUUCGCUUGGAUGGAGGCCUUGCUGUCCCCCCAAUUCUUUUCACCGCAAGGGCAAGCUCGGUCCAAUCACGAUACGAGUUACACACGGUUUAGAUGGGCCGAAGAUCUCAAACGGAACCUGGUCCAAAUCAUCGUCAACGUCGACGAAUACAUCUACGAGCGCAUGUCAGAUCGAAUCGAUAGAACAAAUCGGCGCAUGCUUGAGGCUCAUCAUUGUUUUCAGGAUUAUCACCUCUCCACGCAGGAUGCAUCGCAAAUCGAGAUUGUGGAGACCUUGUUUGAAUUACAUCUAGAUGUAUACUCAUUGAUCAAACACCCUCACAGCCAAGUAGAUGUCAACACCCAGAUUCUCCAAAGGGAUCGUUUGGAGAGGUGGUCAACGCUUGCACGAGAUGCUAUGCAACUUCGGUCCGCUGCAGACUUAGCUCCGGUAAUGGAUGAUCUUGCUCUUCGUCAUAUCUGGGCUUCGGUAUUUCAGAUAAGCGUGAAUGAAGAGGUGCCACCAGAGCACACAAUAUCAGCAAUGGCAGAGCUCAAGAGCAUAUUCUCUUCACUAGGAGAUCAUACAGUCCAGCUACAGAACAAUGCCAUUAUGCCAGAAUUAUCCGUUGCCGCUAUCGACCGCGAGCUCGUUCGAAUUAGCAUGAAGGACUUCUUCCUUAGGGUAUUUGACCAGGAUGAGCAAGAUCCAGUGACGGUCAUCGAAAGCUUAGAACCGAUCCUAGAAGAUCAGACUACGACGCCACCUAUAUCUGCCAGCGCGCUCGCUCCUGGCGAAGAAAACACCGAUGCCCACAGUUCAUCUCCCAUUGGCAGCGGCGCAGAGCUAUCAGUUGGGACCCAAGCUGACCAAUCAUCACCUAUCGCUGAGAUGCGCAAGUUUUUAGACUCUGCCAAUGUCAACGUCCGCCUGUCGCUCUGGCACAGGCUGAGGGUAGCAUAUGAAGCAAUUGACUAUCCACCAAAAGUCGUGGCUUGCUACCUGCGUAGUAUCGAAACUCUCACUAAUGAUUGCGCAUCCUCAAACUUCCAAGACUUAUCAUUGCCGGAUCGUCAAACUAAACUAUUAACACGUUUCCGCGUAAUCGACGACAUGGUUGUUAAGAUUCUUCGCAUCAUCAGAGAUGAAAAGUCUGCAUUUGACUGUCUUGCGUAUGAGCAUGUGCAAUCGUCCAUGGCCAUCAUCAAUGAACUUUUGCGCAUCCUCUCAGCCGCAGACAUGUUCAGGGAUCUGGUUCGCGUUAACCAGACUCCUAUGCCGCGAAUCGAGGGUCUGCCAGCACAUACAUUCGUCACCAUGUCUGCGCGGAUUGAUGAUAUACAUUUGCGGCUUUGGAUACUACAGUAUCAUCUGCUCCGUGAAGCAAUAUCCCAAGAUCAAAAAGACUUCCCGACGCCUUCCGACGACCUGUUUGAAUUCCUUCGCCAUGUGCAUCAUGCGACUGGCGUUCGCCACUUUUGCCAUCAAUCCAAUCGCCAAUUCCUCAGGCAAGCAAAGGAUGAAUUACUUCGUCUGGAUGAUGUCAUUGAUGGAAAUAGCUAUGCGACGGAAAUGUGUCAAGUCUUGUUCGAUCUCUAUGGACUCAAGCUCUUUGUUAAUCCCCUAGAGUGUCAGGAGUUCUCUGCUAUGCCUGACGCCAUCGACAAGAAGACUGCGUUCAGUCUCCUUCCUUUCAUCAUGUCACAAGUUUCCAAGGUUGAUCUUAAAGAUCUACCCAAGACUGAGCUCAAAGGAACAAUCGAAAAGGUGCAUGCAGCGUUGGGUCGUCCCAAGCAGAAUGAGGACGUCUCUUUUAACCGGAAGAUCAUCUCAGCUUACAUCAAAUCUCCCAUCAACCCUGUGACGCUCUUUAGUUGCUUGAAGGGAAUUGGCUCGCUGCCCACCAAGCGUAUAUCCGCAGAAGAAGCAGUGGCUGCUUCAAAGGGCUGGUACUAUAUGAUGGGCAAUAUCGCUCUUAGCAAAUUCCGUUCCCAGAAGCGCAUGACACAGGGGCCGACAGAGGAUUUGAAUUAUGCUCAAGCGUUCUUCAUACAAGAUCUGGAAUACUCCGUGGACCGUUGGGAGACAUGGUACCGCCUUGCGCAGACAAAUGAUACUCAACUGGAAGAGGCGGUGUCAUGGAAUGCAGAUAAACUGAACAGUAACAGUGUGGAACUGGUCAACUUUCAACGAGCCGCCCUUAACUGUUAUAUCAUGGCCGUGGCCUGUGCCGUUCGCGAUGCAGACGCGGCCCCCCAAACCAUGGACAAAGUGGCACAGAUGUAUACCGACUUUGGCAAUCGCAUCUAUGCUUCAUCAAGGCAGCCUUUUGACAUGGAAGCAUUUCAACUCCGCGAGGCCGAGAAAAGGUUCUGCAAUACGGAAAGCCAAAAUACGUACAGAGACGUGACGUUCAUUGCCCUAAAGCCCUGCACAGCAUGGAAGUUUGCCAGCACUCUUUACAAGCGAGCUAUCAAGGUUCACCCCAACAAGUGGUGGAAUUACUACAUGCUUGGAAAGUGCACUUGGAAAAUGUGGACCGAGAACAACGACCUGAUGCGUUAUGCCGAGUCUACCGGUGCUCCCAAUCUUCCGGAGCAAGGGCCAGGAUGGGAAGAGGUCGUCGACGCCUUCAUCAGUGCCAUCGAGGCUCUGCCCUGCAAAAAGGGACGCAGCGGCGAACCAAUCCUCGAACCGCAUUACAAGCUGGUUUCUAUUACCCACAAACUCUUCCUACGCCGCGCUAUCAGCUACGAGAAGGGGGCAGAACUUCUCGCUCAUUCUUUGUACUCACGCAAUGUCCCCGAACCCACAGGCGUAGAGGACUGGGAGCGAUACAUUCUUGCUGUGUUGAAGGCGCUGCGAACUGCGGACAAGUCUAGUUGGCACCACCGCAUUAUUUCGCGUUCAGCUCAUAUCAUUUACGAAGAAGGAAAAGACACACAGCUUGCCAGUCAAGCCAAGCACGAGUUGACACAGCAGAUGUUUACCAAGACCAUGGCUGUACAAGUUUGGAAACCAGAAAAUGAACGCCCUGGUAGACAUUUUGUCUACACGACGCGAUACACGCGUUACUUCCUUGAGCUUCUGGACCUUACGACAGAUAAGGCAAACUUUGAAGCGUUAGCUAAACGUGUUCGCCGCAAGCAGACCGACUUUUUUGAGCAUCAGAAACUGUGGCAAGAUUUGUGUUCACGAUAUCUGCGACUGCUGAGGAGGAUUGGCCAGAUUCCUGACGGACAGGAGGAUUCGGUCUUCAAGUCGGUCAACCAUGAUGAGUUCAACGCUCUCGCUCUUCGCCUGGAAGCCUGGUGUCAGAACCCGACGACUCAACACCCCGUCUUAGACAUUCUCCGCGACGCCAUUGAGCUCAAGCGCCUCAAUAACGGACUGAUGAAAUCGCUCUCCAUAGACGAUCUCAUAGGAGAUACAUACGCCAUGCUAUACACCCUCAUCAGCCCCACCCUUCCUCCAUUAUCUACCGAGCAACAACAGCCCGCACAAUCAUCACAAUCCGGACCGACUGUUACCACCCCACUUGUACCACCAGGCGCCCUGCCCAUAUCGUCUUUUAUGCAAGUCCAAGUCGACGGUCAACACGACCCCAACACCACACCUUACCUUUACCAAUCCAGCACCCUACAAUCCCAAGCACCACCUCAAGCCGCUCCUCCUGCCGACUUCCCUCUCAAAACCCGCACCAAAGCCAUUGGGCGUCGUGAAAUCGCCCGAAGAGCCGAAGCAUGUGUUCAGAAAGCUGCAGCCGCAUCCACCUCCUUGCCAACAUCCAUACCCAUCCGCAGUCCCCCAGUUCUCCACGCCACUCUCUCGAGUCUCACCUCGCGUCCUGCAAGCCCGGAAAAGACGGAAAACACGCAGACGGCACCAGCCUUAAACGAGCAGCUACGAGUCACAUUUGACAACGACCCUGACCACACUCACUCCAACCACAGUGGGCCUGCAACCGCGGCAGCCAGCGUGAUCAACGAUGAAGUCCAGCCCAGUGCUCCCGGUUCCGUGCAUGAUGAUGCAGACGACGAGAGUGAGUUGAGUGAGUUAGAUGAGGAGGAAGUGCAAGAAAUUGAGCAGCAGGUUGGGCAUCACGGGCUUUUGAAUCGGUCCGGUAGUAUGACUGCUAUUUCGUUUGGGAGCCAUCUUGGGGCUGGUAGGGGUGUAGAGGGUGCGGUGAAGGAUGGGGUAGCGACAAGGGAGGCUAGUGAGGAGGUGGCUGAGGAAGAAGAAGAGGAGGGUGAGGAGGAGGAAGAGGAGGAAGAAGCGGAAGAGGUGGAUGAGGAAGGGGAUGUGAUUGAUGUGCAGCAUCGGGUGGUGAAGAUGGCGGAGGAGGAGGGCACAGAUGGUAUGAAGGAAUGA